AUGGUGGAACACAGAAUCAUCUUGAUCGGUGCUCUGAUUCCCGCCUGCUCUGCUGCCAACGAGCUGAUUGCCGAGCAAUUUGAAAGUUGGGACUUCGGACAUGACAACAGUCACUCUUUCGAACUUCUCCUUGUCGUCCUCUGCUCCAUAAUUUUCAUCACUUCGCUUUUGGUGAGCACAUCAAAGAAACAUUUUUCGUAUUAUUCAACUUUCAGUUCAUCGUUUUUGCACUUUUCCGAGAGCUUUUUGAAUACAUCUCCAAAGCACGAGAAAAUAGAAGGUUUGUCCUUUUUUGUAGAAAGAGAAAUUUGGUAUGACUCAUGGGAAGUUGUCGUAUCCGGUUUGAAAAGACGCAACAUUUGGGAAGUGGCAUUGAUACCGAUCCCUUUGAUUUAUGACAGGGUAGAAGUAUUGGAAAGGAAUUUCCAUAAGGAAUUCAAUUUGUGAAUACUUCAACCUUGAAUAGUAAUUCCCAUAACAAUCAUGUGACAGAAUACUUUGUAGGAUCAACUAUGCAGCAAGACGAUUCGUGCGUAUGAACACGGAAGACUACGUGAAAAGCACCGAGAGUGUGGCUUCCGUUCUGAUCCAAUCCGAACUCAUCAAACUGCAGGGAGAAAAAGUCGGAGCGCGCAAGGCUAACAUUGAAUCUCUUGAUCUUCUUGUCUAA